CAUGUUUUUCACUUUUUAUCACUCUGAAAAGGCCAAUUUCCGUGUAUAUUAAAUUACAGUAACUACUCUGGCCAUAUGUAUGUGUUCAUUCUACGUUAGUCUAUUGCUGAAAUGCAUAUAUUUUAGAUUUGAACCAAGGGUUUAUGUCACAUUUGUUGUGAAUAAGUAGGCCCACAACACAACUCCUGCCUCGUGGCUGUGAAGGCCCAACAUCAAUGUCUAGCUCCCAAUGCCAGUUUCAUAUCUCUGGGCUAUUGGCAACCAAGGCAAGGUCUACCGCGUGUCUGUCACCUCCUCUCAGUGGGAGGAGACCCAGAGAAAGUGGCACCAUGUGAGAGGCUUCAAGAAGAUCUCAGCUGUUGGAGACUGCGCCUGGGCCAUUGGAAGUGAUCAUCAGCCAUAUAUAUUUAUACAUUCUUCAGAUGUCCCUAUUAGGUAUCAAGAAGUGACGUAUGAAAACGAACGAUGGAAUCCUAUCAGUGGUUUUUCCGGUAAGCGUCUCCUGCCAACUGAUAGAUGGCACUACAGUACUGAGGAUGGCCGCCAACACACUACCAAGUAUGAGUUCCAGUUGCCGUCUACGGCUUGGGAUUGGGAAGAUGACUGGGUGAUUGAUGAGAAUCUGAAUGGGGAGAUUACAGACAAGGGGGGCUGGCAAUAUGCUAGAAAAUUCAAUGGAAAUUACACUGCCUACAGAAAAUGGAACUCGCUGGUGAGACGAAGAAAAUGGAUUCGUUACCGCAGGUAUAUUGCAACAGAUGCCUGGGCAAAGGUGCCAGGACCUACCCUUGGCUUAGACGCCAUGGUGGAGCCAUUCAUAGAUAUUGCUGUGGGAGGCUAUGACCUACCUAAUCAACCUAAGGGCUAUCUCUGUGUAUGGGCCGUCACUCUCACUGGCAAGGUUGUGGUGAGAUUGGGUAUCACACGUGACACACCAGAGGGGACUGAGUGGGCCAAUGUGCCGACCAUGGAGAAUGGACAAGAGGUCACAUCAAUUAGUGUCGGACCAACUGGUUUACUCUGGGCAAUCACCUACGAUGGGCAUGCAUUGGUCAGGAUUGGUACAUCUCGGGAAAAUCCCCUAGGAACAUCAUGGGUUGAGAUAGAUCCACCAGAAGGUUCAAGACUCUCCCAAGCGUCUGUUGGAACUGGUGUUGUGUGGGCUGUCACCAGAGAAGGAAAGGUUUGGUUCAGGAAAGGGAUCAAGCCCUGUGAGGCAUCCGAGUUGGAAUCUGCUACUACUGGCGUAACGUGGAUUGAGAUGGUAGGCGAGAUGGGCAUGAUCUCCGUUGGACAUCAUGACCAGGUGUGGGCGAUUGGUCUCGAGGAUCGUCAUAUCUACUUCAGGACUGGAGUCGUACCAGACGAUCUCAGUGGAAAGACUUGGAAGCGUAUCUUGCUCCCUCGAGUCAUGGGACAUGCGAAGAUUACGAGCUCAGGCAACAGUGAAAAGGAUCCUAGGAUGGAGGAGGUUGCUGCUGCUGAAACGUGGGAUGGGGGUGUGCUUGAGGGAACCUGCGUCCCAGAGGAGGAUGAGGUGUUCGAAUCGGGACCCAUCGUGCCUUUAACAUCGGAGAGUUGUCCAACAUUCAUCCAUCAAGAAAUACCAGAGUUGAGUCAGUCUUGCAGUGACUCAAAAACUAACUGUGAUAGUUCUAGAUCAAGAAGAGUCGACUCUCUAGAUGGAGCCGAGGGUGUUGAGAAUCAAACCACAAAUAAUAUUCCCAGUAUUCCUGGUCAAGUUCAAUUUCCUCUGGAUUCAGAAGAAGCGGUGCUUGGUUGCUCUAGUGAUCAGAAUGCGACAUUCCAAGUAUGUGACACUGAAAAUGGUGCUGUUAAAGUCUGUUCUGGGGGGACUUUAAAUGGAGUAGAUGCAGGGUCAAGUUCUCACGAAUCUGAUAUAGUCAGUGAAAUACUUAGAGCCAAGAUUGAGGGUCUAUCCAGCAGUUGUGGAAAGUUCGAAUGUAUUAGCGGUAGUCAUAAUUCCGUGGACGGUAAAAAUCCACAUCGCAAACUAACACGAGAUUCAAGUUUUUGUUCUGAUACAUCGGAAACAAUUAUCGACUUUACUCAGGGGGAGGAUCCGGAGGAGGAAGACGAAGUCGUUACUAUAUCUGCAACGAAAUUGCUGCCCAGUCGCAGAAUUGACGUUGUUCAGAGCAAAGGUGUCUCAAAGCGUACCAGUAGGUCUGUUGGUGACAUCCAAGCGCAGAAAUUUGCUGCGGGGAACCUUCUGAUUAGUGGAGAUUAUCGUACUGUGUCGUUUACAAUGAGUCCCCCGCUUAUGGAGUUUCCCGAGACGCUGCCACCCACGUACGCUUUCAAGGAUGAAUCGGAGAAGUAUCGCUAUCAUAAACAUCAAAUGACAAAAAGUAAAAGUGUGCCGGAGAACUUACAGGUUGGGAAGUUUGGGGUUGGUCUUCAGACGGAAAUUGUGACGAACUUUAAGUAUGAUGACGAUUUUACUUAUGAUGUUGAGACAGAUGACACCUCGUGGGUAUGGGUCAGUGGAUCGGGAUGCAUGAUGGAUUCUGUUGCUAAUGUGCCAUGGUUCUCAAAAUUUGAGAAAAUUUCGUCCCUGAGCAAAGAAGAUCUUGUUUGGCGAAACAACUUACUCAACCAGUUGAAAUUAAGGAAUCGCAAAGAAGGCCUUACAGACCCGAAGUACGACUUGGCUGUGGAAAAUUCCACUUGGAUUAAGAAGGGGACCAUGCAGUGGUGGAGGGAAGAGAAGCGACCGAAAUGGACAGAAGUGUCAGUGGAGCUUGAGCAGGGCUUGGAGAACUCUGAGGGAUACUUCACCAUUCAUUACAGUUACAAGAAACAACAGAAGUUUAUUCAAGAGACUUUGUCGGAUAUCAUUGCUGUGUGGACGGUGAAUGAUCCUACCCACAAACCAGUGUUUGGUAUUUACACCCCUACUCGAAUAGCUAAUCGACUGCCUAUCAAACUUCUGGCUCGCACAGAGGAGGACCUUGAAGAUUGGGUAACUGUCUUAAGUCUUGCCUGCUGUGAUCUGAGGACAAUCAAUCGAGCCCCAGGAGCCUGUGCGCUAUGGUCCACCACCGCUAGAGGAGACGUGUUUGUUCAUGAGAUAUCUCCUGUCAUUGACACUGCACCCAUCAAUCAGAUUUUCUGGCAUCAGCUCGGCGGCCAUCAGCACAUUGUCGAAACGAGUCCAUCCGGAAUAGUCUGGGCUAUCGGUUAUAAUAAUAUUGCCUGGGUGUACACAGGUGGCUAUGGAGGUGGAAUAUUCAAAGGUCUUGCGAGCAGUGCAACUGGUAUCCAUCCACAGGUGGACAUCCGGCAGAUGUACAUUUAUGAGAAUCAGAGAUGGAAUCCAGUCACAGGAUAUUCUUACAAGGGGCUUUCGUUCGACCGGAAAAUAUGGAGCGACAAAUCGGGCCGUUACGAGUAUGCUAAAGAGACGUUCAAGUUACCCUCAACUCAUUGGCAGUGGACGUCAGAUUGGAAGAUUGACUAUCAGACACCAGGUGGCACUGACAAGGAGGGAUGGCAGUAUUCGAGAGAUUUCAAUAUGGAUCUCCAUGGCCAGAGAGCUUGGAAUGACUACUUAAGAAGGAGGAGAUGGGUCAGGGAGUGCAAAGUGGUGACAACAGGUCCAUGGUUGGAGUGUGGACCGAUACCCAUUCAAGACGUCUCUGUCCAGGUCGACGCCUGGUCCACCGAUGUAAAUAGUCCACUGGCCGUUUGGGCCAUCAGUGCAAACGGCGAUGUUCUAUGCAGAAAAGGUGUAACCAGAAAUUUACCACAGGGAAGUCAAUGGCAGCACGUUCCCACCGACCAGCCAUUCCAGUCCAUUUCGGUUGGAGGUGGCUUCAGGGUGUGGGCUGUGGCAAAUGAUGGCUCCCCUUGGUUUAGAAACAGGAUCACAAAAGACAAUCCUACUGGCACAUGUUGGUUUCAUGUAACAAUGCCACCUAAUGGCUUCUUGCUCAAACAGAUAUCGGCUGGUAGGACAGCAGUGUGGGCUGUGGACACGAAAAAUCAACUCUGGUACAGACAGAACAUCACAAGCACUUACCCAGAAGGUACCGACUGGAUCCACGUGUCGAACAGCAUCAAGCAGGUGUCGGUGGGCCCAGAAGAUCAAGUCUGGGUCAUCGCAGAUAUUGUGCCGAGCAAGAGCGGCCCUGUCCAAGGCAUCGUCUGCCGAAGACUUGCGAUUACAGAGGAAAAUCCAAAGGGAACAUUGUGGGACCAAGGCAUUGGGGGAGGCUGGCAGCACAUCUGCGCCCGAGGUUGCCUAAGCGAUUUAAGUGGCGGCGACUAUGCUGAAGACGUGGCCGCCAUACUGCCAAGGGAUGAUUGUGACCAAUGGGCACUGUCGGAUAAGUCGAGCAUGGUUUGUUGAAAGCAAGCCAAAGAGACCUGAUGAGUACCGUAUUUUGCUGCGUAUAAGGCGCAGCUUUUUGACCCAAGAAAGCCCUAAAAUCGGGGGGUGCGCGUUAUACAAAGGUGCGUGUUAUCUAUGGCCUAGACCUAGGAAGCCACCGAAUGAUCACAAGAUUUUUUCCAUCAACUCAUUUCUUUUGACGGCUUUUUUGGCUCGCAACCAAGUCGGCGCAUUUUAUAUUUUUGCACGAAAGAAAAAUCGGGAAUAUCGAUGCACUUUGCAUAGUUCACCGAUGCUAACUCGCCUGUUCUGUACGCAAUACAUAUUAGUAUCCUCAUUAUCAUUUCAGUUACUUCUAUAAAUGUUUUUGAGGGUCCUUAGCGGCAAUAUUCAGAGCGUAGAUGCGAGAUAAAUCCAAUUGAUAAAUCAGCUGAUCGUGUGCCGCCAUGAUUUUUAAAGCCUCGCUUUGAUGUUAAAACAUCAAAGCGAGGCUUUUACGAAGGAAAGAUAGGCAGGGGGCAUCUCAGAAGUACUGCGUGUUAUACGUAGGUGCGCCUUAUGUCUGGAUUUUGUCUACGGACUCAAUGGGUGCGCUUUAUACCCCGGUGCGUUUUAUACGCAGCAAAAUACGGUAGAUCAAUCAAUCAAUGUUCGCAUUUGUAAAGCGCUCACAUUAUUCAGCAAGUGGGUAUUCUGGAGCGCAUUUUUUCCCAAUGGAAACUGCAAAAAGGUGGGCCUUUUCAUCAGGGACUUGAAAGUCUGGAGGGAAUCAAUGUUACGGAGCUUUUGCGGGAGCUGGUUCCACAGUUUUGGAGCAGAUGCCACAAAGGAACGACCACCAAGAGUCUAGCACUUGAACCAGGAACCUCAAGAAGCAUGGCAGAUCCUGACAUGCUCCCUUACUGUAUUACUGGUAGAGAAAUUUGUUGAAUAUUCUAUGAACCCUGAAUUUUUUAGAGAUGUGGAUCGGAACAGUGCUGGUAAAAAAAUUUAGAGAUGGAUAACCGGAGAUGUUUAUUAUAUACUUGUUGAAUAGUGGGGAUGUUAACAGCAAGGGUUAACUUAGAAAUUGUUCUGAUCUAUUCAAGAUGUUUGAGAAUUGCAUGCCUUACUUUAUUUUUAAUUGUAGGAAAAAUUUAAAACUAAAGGUUUUCUGGUUAGUGAUGUAAUGUUGUCUGGUUGUUAGAGAUGAGAGUGUAGAUCUACAAGUUUUCAUGGUAGGCAGUGUAAUGUACAUGUAUGUCACUUUGAAAUGAGAUGUCUGGUUGAGAGAGAUAUAAAACUAAAGGUUUUCAGUGUAAUGAUGUUAUGUGUGUCACUGUGGCAUUAGAUGUCUGGUUGUUAGAGAUGAGAGAUGAAGCUCUACAAGUUUUCAGUGUAGGCAGUGUAAUGUAUGUCACUUUGACAUGGGAUGUCUGGAUGAGAGAGGGAUAUAAAACUAAAGGUUUUCAGUGUAAUGAUGUGAUGUGUGUCACUGUGACAUUAGAUGUCUGGUUGUUAGAGAUGAGAGAUGAAGCUCUACAAGUUUUCAGUGUAGGCAGUGUAAUGUAUGUCACUUUGACAUGGGAUGUCUGGAUGAGAGAGGGAUAUAAAACUAAAGGUUUUCAGUGUAAUGAUGUUAUGUAUAUCACUGUCAUAUCAGAUGUCUGGUUGUUAGAGAUGAGAGAUGAAGCUCUACAAGUUUUCAGUGUAGGCAGUGUAAUGUAUAUCACUUUGACAUAAGAUGUCUGGUUGAGAGGGAGAUGUAAGACUAAAGGUUUUCAGUGUAAUGAUGUUAUGGUUGUUAGAGAUGAGAGAUAGCAAGACGAUUCUGUGUAACAUGUCAUAUUAUUGGUGUUAUGAUUGAUUCAGCAGAAUAGGGUCUAGAUUACGGCGCACACAGUCGACUGUUAUGAAGUAACACUGCAGAAAUUAUUAGUUCAGCUGACAAAGUCAGCAGAGCUAGUCAAAUAGCUAUUCGAAUGGUGUCCAUCCUUCCAUCCAUCCGUGGACAAAAUUGGGCAUUUUGUAACCAUAAGACCUGGGCACUUCAUAUCUGGCCGUCGGGUAGAACAGCCCAAGAUAUGCUGCUGACAGAAAAUUUAGCGCGAUUCGACUGAGAGUCAGCUCACCAGGGGGCAAAAGGUGUAAAUUACGAAAACAAAUAUUGUCACUUUAUUCAAGUAGAUAGAAGUUUGAAAUAAAGUUGAGGUCGUCAUAAUAUUGAGGUUUUGAUAUAAAAUAGAUUAGUUUCGAUUUAUGUCAGCGUGUGCUUGAGACAGGUAAUAUGAGAGCAGUUAUAGCUCAGAUUUGGCUCGCCUCAGCCGUUGGGUGAUAUGAAUAAAAACUAGCAAAUGCUUUUAGCUAAAACUCCAUGUACAUUUACACUUGGCCUUUCUGUACAAAAUUGAAGUAAAAGCAUUUGCUAGUUUUUAUUCAUAUCAUUGUCUAGUUUAUAAAGGUGCUCUUCUUCUGCAUGUGUCCUUUUUUAAUUAAGAUUGAGAUGCCAAUGAAACUAACAGAUGUUUGUGAUCAUUGAGAUCGAGAGGCUAAUGAAACUAACAGAUGUUUGUGAUCAUUGAGAUCGGAACGCUAAUGAAAAUAACAGAUGUUUGUGAUCAUUGAGAUCGAGAGGCUAAUGAAACUAACAGAUGUUUGUGAUCAUUGAGAUUCAGAUGGUAAUGAAACUAACAGAUGUUUGUGAUCACUGAGAUCGAGAGGCUAAUGAAACUAACAGAUGUUUGUGAUCAUUGAGAUCGAGAGGCUAAUGAAACUAACAGAUGUUUGUGAUCAUUGAGAUCGGAACGCUAAUGAAACUAACAGAUGUUUGUGAUCAUUGAGAUGGAGAGGCUAAUGAAACUAACAGAUGUUUGUGAUCAUUGAGAUUGGGAGGCUAAUGAAACUAACAGAUGUUUGUGAUCAUUGAGAUCAAGACGCUAAUGAAACUAACAGAUGUUUGUGAUCAUUGAGAUCGAGACGCUAAUGAAACUAACAGAUGUUUGUGACCUAACAGUAGGUUCAAUUUUGUACUGUUUCAUUUUAAUAUUUUGAUGCAGUUUUACAGAGUACAGUCGAACCUCUCUAUCAAGGACACCCUCAGGACUGACAAGUGCGCACCCUAUUAGAGAGGUGUCCUGAUUAGAGAGGUCAAAUUGAAUGGAAACAACCACCUUGGGACCACAACUGGUGUCUUUUAUAGAGAGGUUGUCCUUAAUAGAGAGGUGUCCGCUAAGGGAGGUUCCACUGUAUUAGUUUAAAAAAAUGGCAACCCCUUGGAUUCUUUGGCUAUCAAGUGUGAUACAAGUGCAAAUCAUAUGGUUUGGUUCAUCCAGGUUAUUUAUGGAAAUUUUUUAGAUGGAUGUCUUCAUAUACAACAUACAAGGAAUUCUAUUUUUUCGAUUACAACAUGCAUGACUGACCAAUAGUUCACUAUAAAUUUCAGAACAUUCUCAUUUCUUAACUUUCAGUUGAGGUGGUGGUUGUGUGUGGGGGGGGGGG